CUCUCUGACACAGAGUGAGACCUCCUGCUCUCUGACAGAGUGAGACCUCCUGCUCUCUGACAGAGUGAGACUUCCUGCUCUCUGAGUGAGAUCUCCUUGCUGUAUCACUGAAGAUCUCUGAUGGUCACUUCCUGUUAGUCUUUGCAGUUUUCUGUCACUUCUCCUCUCACCAUGUUGAGGAUCAGAUCCUCUCUGAGAUCUGCAGCUGCUCUGCUUCCUGCUGCUGCUUCCUCUCAGCCCUGCGUGCGCCUCUCUUCCGGCUCCCAGCAGGAACACAGAACCUUCUAUGAGUUCCGGACCUACAGCAUCCAGCCGCACCUGAACGCAGCGUUCCUCAAACUGACCAAUGAGAAGAUCCACCUGCGCACCGCCCACUCUCAGCUGAUUGGCUACUGGAGCGUGGAGUACGGCGGCCUGAACAAGGUCUUCCAUAUCUGGAAGUAUGACAGCUACUCUCAGCGGGCAGCGGUGAGGGCAGCUCUCUCUCAGGACCCCAUCUGGCUGAAGGACUACGUCUCCGUGGCGAUCCCCAUGUUGGUGUCGCAGGAUAAUGAGGUCACUUACCUGGUGCCAUGGAGUCACCUGCAGAGCCCCCCCCAGGAGGGAGGUGUGUUCGAGCUCUCCUCUCACCUGAUGCGUCCCGGAGGUCCGGCUGUUUGGGGCGACGCCUUCCAGGCUGCCGUCACCUCCCAUGAUGCACCUGGGUACGGCAAGCUGCUGGGAGCCUUUCACAGCGAGUGUGGCCUGCUGAACACAGUGCACGCCCUCUGGUGGUUUCAGAGUGCUGAUCAGAGAGCUGAGGUCCGUCACAGAUCUCACUCCGACGCCCGGUUGGUGUCUGCAGUGCGGAGCUGCGUGGGACACCUGUCCUCUCAGGAGAAUAAACUCAUGUUCCCAUGCUCCUUCUCUCCAAUGAAGUGACUUCCUGUUCCUCAGCCAAUCACAGCGCAGCAGAGCGUCGUCAGAAUUUGAAUGUAAUAACAUCAGAAUAAAUAUAUUCAUAAAUACUAAUAAAUAAAUAUAUAUUUUAGGUGGAGGUGUUAUGGGUCUGUCAGUCAGAGUGACAGCAGCAGCAGCCAAUCAGGCGGCAGAGAUGUGGGGUGGGCGGGGCUUGUGUUCUACGAACUGAUUAUUACCUGAUGAUGAAACUCUAUUUAUAUAAACACUGAAUAAUAAAUGAAAUGUGAACAUGUG